AUGAAUAUGGUUUUUGCUCACAGAAUGGAUAACAGCAAGCCACCGUUGGUUGUUCCUACACUGCUGGUGCCGCUUCACAACCACAGCUGCGCAGAGACGGCCGCCCCUCUGCCGAGCCGAGACCUGACAGAGCUCUCCCCAGAGCACAGCUGGAGGAGCAACGGAACAGACCCACAGUAUGGCCCGAGCCCCGGGGAGGUGGCCGCAGCCAGCACUUUCUUUGGGGCCCUGUGGUUGCUUUCUGUCUUUGGCAAUUCCCUGGUGUGUCUGGUCAUCCACCGCAGCAGGAGAACUCAGUCCACCACCAACUACUUUGUGGUGUCCCUGGCAUGCGCCGACCUCCUGGUCAGUGUGGCCAGCACGCCUUUCGUCCUGCUGCAGUUCUCCACCGGCCGCUGGACGCUGGGCAGCGCCACGUGCAGGGCCGUGCGCUACUUUCAGUAUCUCACCCCGGGAGUCCAGAUCUACGUGCUCCUGUCCAUCUGCAUAGACCGGUUCUACACCAUCGUCUACCCGCUGAGCUUCAAGGUGUCCAGAGAGAAAGCCAAGAAGAUGAUCGCCGCAUCCUGGAUCUUCGAGGCAACCUUUGUGACCCCCGUGUUGUUCUUCUACGGCUCCAGCUGGGACAACCACUGCAACUAUUUCCUUCCCUCCUCUUGGGAAGGAACCGCCUAUACUGUCAUCCAUUUCUUGGUGAGCUUUGUGAUCCCGUGCAUCCUCAUAAUCUUAUUUUACCAGAAGGUCAUAAAAUACAUUUGGAGAAUCGGCACUGAUGGCCGGACAGUGAGGCGGACCAUGAACAUUGUCCCAAGGACAAAAGUGAAAACAAUCAAGAUGUUCCUCAUUUUAAAUCUGCUAUUUUUGCUCUCCUGGCUGCCUUUUCAUGUCGCUCAGCUGUGGCACCCCCAUGAGCGAGACUAUAAGAAAAGUUCCCUUGUGUUCACUGCUAUCACGUGGAUAUCCUUUAGUUCCUCAGCCUCUAAACCUACUCUGUAUUCCAUUUAUAAUGCCAAUUUUAGGAGAGGCAUGAAAGAGACUUUCUGCAUGUCCUCAAUGAAGUGCUACCGAACCAAUGCCUAUACUAUCACAACCAGUUCAAGAAUGGCCAAAAAAAACUAUGUCGGCAUCUCAGAAAUCCCUCCAUCGGCCAAAACUAUAACCAAAGACUCAAUCUAUGAUUCGUUUGACAGGGAAGCCAAGGAAAAAAAGCUUGCUUGGCCCAUUAAUUCAAAUCCGCCAAAUACUUUUGUCUGA